AAUUAUUUUAAAAUUCCAGUUUAUUGUCAAUAUUUAAAAUGUCUGAAUCUUCUCAAAAUUAUCGUCGGCUUGGAAGAAAUGGACACGGAUUUGCUUAUUGUUCAAAAAGUUCUUCAACAUUCUUUUUAAUACUUUCUGUUGCUUUUGUUUUGUCGCUAGUUUAUUUGUAUUUCAGCACUAGCAGUGAAUUGCAAUCUUUCCGUGCUGAUUUUGAAAAUUUAAAUUCUAAACAUUUGGGCCUAAAAAAUGAUUUACUUGAUGCAAAUGUUAAAGUUGAGGAAUUGACAAAAUCAGAGGCUGAUUGCAAGUCUAGCAAAGAUGAAUUGGAUGCCAAACUUCAAGUAUGCAAGAAGGAUUUAUAUGAUAAAAGUACAUCUUUGGGUAGAAUCGAGACGAAUAAAGCCGAUUGUGAGAAUACUUUAAAAGAAUUGAAAAGUAAAUUGGAAAUAGCCAAUUCUGCAUUAAAAGCAAAAGAGUCCGAGAAUAGUGAACAGGCUGCUAAAAUUGCGGAGCUGACAGCGACAGUCGCACAAUUGCGUAGUCAAUUAGAAUUGAAAAAAUCUGACGCUGUUUUGCCUUCUGGAAAGUCAGUUUUGCCCGAUUCAAAUCUUCAAAACAGUCCUAUUGGAGUUGUCGAGACGGGAAAACCGCCUAAAAACAUCACUUUAAAAGCUGGUGAAAAAGGAUCCCAACGUGAACAAAUUGUAGCCCCCGACAAAGUUGGGGAAAUUGAUGCAAAAGAUGAUGGCACAAACGAAAAGCAGAACGGAGAUUUCCCAAAACGACAACCCGGUGGUCGUGUCCACUUGGCAGAACAAGAAGAAAAGCGUGAUAAAUUAUCAAAUCAUAAAGAACUUUUGCAUGCAGCAGCUAAUCUCGAUAAACAACAAGAAGUUUUGGACGAUCCUGGGGCAGAGAAAGAAUAUAAUGCAAAUGGAACUGAGGAUUUGGAUAAUAAAAAUAAGGAAGCAAAAAAUAAAGAUGAGAAGAGUGUUAAUAGACCUUUGGUUGAUGGUUUGGAUUUUUUAAAAUUAUUUUAA